UGAAUUUCUAGACAGCACGAAACUACCGCAAAGCCGGAUAGAAGAAAGCAAAGAAACAAAAACUCUCCCUGAAACGGAUAUAGAGAUAUUUCUCAUUCCUGGCUGUAGACGCAGAGCAAGAUUAAGGUAGGAGUUUCUUGUAAAGAGAGAGAAAAUAUUUUACUGACACGAUACGAGAGGAUAAGGGAGAAGAGAAGAAAAACUGGCUGCUUUUGAGUUUCUGUCCAAUGGCAGGGAAACAAGUUUCUUCUACUACAACAACAGCAGCUCCUCCACCAGCACGCCCUACAAUAUUGCUGCCGCCGAGGCCUUCUAUGGAUACCCUUUUCACUGGUGGACUCAGUCCUGGUCCCAUGACUCUUGUCUCUUCUUUCUUCUCAGACAAUUAUCCUGACUCAGAUUGUCGCUCCUUCUCUCAGCUACUCGCUGGCGCCAUGGGUUCUCCAAUAGCUAGGCCGGCCUUUUUCACUGACGCUUCUGUACCCAAUAAUAGUAUUUCUUCUGUCAAGCAGGAUGGGGCGGGGAAUAAUAGUAAUUUGGGGUUUAAGCAGAGUAGGCCUGUGAAUUUGGUGGUUGCUCCUUCUCCAUUGUUUACUGUUCCUCCUGGGUUGAGCCCUUCUGGUUUGCUAAACUCGCCUGGGUUCUUUUCUGCUCCACAGAGUCCCUUUGGAAUGUCCCACCAGCAAGCCUUGGCACAGGUUACUGCUCAAGCUGCAGUAGCUGCUCAAUCUCAUAUGCACUUGCAAGCUCAAUAUCAACCUGCUCCAGUAGCAGCCUCUACAGAGUUAUUGACACACCAUCCAUCCUUUACCACUGGUGAAGCUUCACAGCAGCAGAUGCUGCCCUCAACCUCAGAACAUCCUAGUUCCAUGGUGGAAUCAUCAGAUCUCUCUCAUUCUGAUAGGAGACAGCAGCCUCCUCUCGCUGUUGAUAAACCAAAUGAUGAUGGCUACAACUGGCGCAAAUAUGGGCAGAAGCCAAUUAAGGGUAGUGAAUAUCCUCGAAGCUAUUACAAGUGUACACAUCUGAAUUGUCUUGUAAAAAAGAAGGUUGAGCGAUCUAGUGAUGGCCAGAUAACUGAGAUCAUCUAUAAAGGCCUGCACAACCAUGAUCAGCCUCAACCCAAUAAGCGUGCAAAAGAUAAUAGUGACAUAAACGGAGCUAUAAAUUCUCAGGCUAAGUUUGAACUUAGUUCCCAAUCUCAAGCUGGUAAUAUGAACAAGUUGAGUGAAACACUACCAAGUCAUUCAGUGCAUGGGAGGGAGCAGGAAUCUACUCAAGCAGAUCCCAUAGAACUACCUGGAUCAAGUGACAGUGAGGAAGCAGGUGAUGGAGCAACAAGACCAGAAGACGGGGAUGAUGAUGAUGAGCCAAAACCAAAAAGAAGGCAUACAGAUGUUGGGACAUCUGAGGCUGCUUUACCACACAAGACAGUCACAGAACCGAAAAUCAUUGUUCAAACAAGAAGCGAAGUUGAUCUUUUGGAUGAUGGCUACAGGUGGCGCAAGUAUGGCCAGAAGGUGGUCAAAGGGAAUCCCCAUCCAAGGAGCUAUUACAAAUGCACUAGUGCAGGAUGCAAUGUUCGUAAGCAUGUUGAGAGAGCUGCAGCUGACUCCAAAGCUGUCAUAACUACAUACGAGGGAAAGCACAAUCAUGAUGUUCCAGCAGCUAGAAACAGCAGCCAUAACACAGCCAACUACAAUGCACCACAGUUGAAACCUCAAAAGGUGGUGGCUGAGAAGCAUCCUUUGCUUAAAGGGAUGGACUUUGCAAACAAUGACCAAAGACCAGUACUUCUACGGCUAAAAGAAGAGGAAAUCGCUGUAUAAAUGCUCUCUCUGCUGAUAGUUGCUAGAGAAUCACAAUUCACAAGGAUGAUUCCAGCCAACUAACAUGGUACAAUGAAGAAAAAUGGAGAAGAAAGGAAAAUUAUUUGAAAGCAGUGAGAAUUUAGCUGUAAUGGUUCUUUUCUACCCUUUGACAUUUUUGCCUUUUUCUAUGAAAUGUAGUGGUAAUAGUUACUGCAUGUGUUAAACAUUUGCCGGAGAAUGCUGUAUUCACUACAUGUUCUGUACAAUUAAAUUUCACAAAAGUGACGCUGUAUAUGAUCUUUCACAGUUGAGCGGAGAUAACAAUAACCAAGGUUUGAUUUUGAAUGUAAUUCAAGCUCUGUUUAUUCCCUGGGCAUGAGGCUGUCUCCUGAUGUUCUGUUUAUGCUAAGGGUGUGGAGGACCCAUAUGUUGCUUAUAUAGAGGCAAAUAUGUAACCAGUUUGCAAAUUUGAGAUUUCUGUUGUAUGUUAAACUGGAGAAAUUUUACUAGUCAAUCCACUUAUCUUAUUAUUAUUA